AUGCAGGCCAAGUCGAGCAGCAGCGCCGGCAACAACAAUUGCAACCAAAACAAAGAUGCUGCGCUCCUGACACUGAAACCCGCACAAGGCCAAUCGACGAAAUCAGGCCACGCACACGAAUUCCGGCACGGUGGCGGUGGCGAUGACGAUGGCGAUGACGUAGCGAUGGAUGCUAUGCGAUGCUAUGCGAUGCGAUGCGAUGCUCCCGGCAAACGGCCUAUGUGCCACAGAAGGCCGGCUUCCCCAGAACCCCAGAACCACAGACAACCACUCCCAGCCAUCUCCCAUCUCCAGGAGCAGAGGUAA